GCGGCCGGGUUGCUACAGCCGGAGCUGGGCGGCGGCGGGUGCUGCGGGAAGAAUCUGACCGAGCUGACUUGGUGGCGCAAUGGAGGGACUGGAAGAAAAUGGAAGUGCUGCCCAAGUUGGGGAAUUGUUGCCUUGCAAGAUUUGUGGAAGAACGUUCUUUCCAGUAGCAUUAAAAAAACAUGGACCUAUUUGCCAGAAAACUGCCACUAAAAAACGGAAGACUUUUGAUUCAAGCAGACAGAGAGCUGAAGGAACUGAUAUUCCAACAGUAAAACCUCUUAAGCCUAGGCCAGAACCACCAAAGAAACCAUCUAAUUGGAGAAGAAAACAUGAAGAAUUCAUUGCCACCAUAAGAGCAGCUAAAGGACUUGAUCAGGCACUUAAAGAGGGAGGCAAACUUCCUCCUCCUCCUCCUCCUUCUUAUGAUCCUGAUUAUAUUCAGUGUCCGUAUUGCCAGAGGAGAUUCAAUGAAAAUGCAGCUGAUAGACACAUAAAUUUCUGUAAAGAACAGGCAGCACGUAUUAGUAAUAAAGGCAGAUUUUCUACUGAUACCAAAGGAAAACCGACUUCCCGGGCACAGUAUAAGCCUCCUACAGUUAAAAAGACAAAUUCUCCUGGAACUACAUCAUCAGGAUCUUCACGAUUACCACAACCAAGUGGCACUAACAAAACUGUUGUAGGUGUGCCUUCAGGUAAAAUGUCUUCAGUUAGCAGUUCUUUGGGAAACAAACUUCAGACCUUGUCUCCCUCCCACAAAGGGAUAGCAGCCCCUCAUGCAGGUAAGAUGGACAAGUUAGGCCCUCCACUUCGAACUGGAAGAGAUGUGCAAAGGUUUUAUGACCGUGAUACAAAAUCAAACAGUGCCAUCAAAAGACAUGAGUUAUUACCCAUUUACAAAGCUAGCGUUAAAUCUCGAAAUACCACACCACCCAGUUUGGCAAGAAGUCCUGCCUCAGGUGUGCCUACAAGCAAAAGAAAAACAUAUACUGAGAGCUACAUAGCCAGGCCUGAUGGAGACUACAUAUCUUCACUUAAUGGCGGAAACAUUAAAGGUAUCGAAGGAAAUUCAUCUGGAUAUUUACCAAAAUUCUGCCAUGAGUGUGGAACCAAAUACCCUGUUGAGUGGGCAAAAUUCUGCUGUGAAUGUGGCAUUCAAAGAAUGGUUCUUUGAACAAAAUCCACAAGAAAACAAGCUAAGUCCAGAGUUUUGUGACUGUUGCUGCAUGGACGACUAGAGCACUUCCUCUAGUUAUUUAGUACUAAAAAUAUUCAGAAUACCUGUUCCAGUAGUUUUUGGAGCAUAAUCCUUUGGCUGUGUAAUGUGUGUAUGUGUGUAUAUAUAUGUGUGUACAUAUAUUGUAUAUAAUAAAUACCUGAUACUCCAAACUGCCAUUCAAGGAAAUAUUCACUUACCUGUCAGAAAAUAAUUUCAAAUGGAAUCAUUAACUUAGCUGUUAAUUUCUCGUUGUUGUUAAGUGCAGUUAAGUAUACCUCCACAAACUUUCAAAUUCUAGUGUUUAGCCAAACUUUAGGAUGAUUAUUACUUUGAGCAAAAAAAUACACAUUUUUCUUAUUGGUGCCUAUCUUUGAGUAGUAUCAUAGUAGUUGAGAUGCUUGGAAUUUUGCAAUUUAAGAUAAUAUUUUUAGUUAUAUUACUUAUGUGAGGUCAUUUUCCUAUAGAGCUCUUAAACACCUAAUUUUAUAAAUCUUAAAAAAUAAGAGAGAAGAAACUCUGAGGUCUAUUUUGCUCUUUACUCAUGUAUUAAUUACAUAAUUUAAAGAUCCUUACUCUUUUUUUAAAAAAAUGUAAUUAUGCAAUUCUUUUCAGAAUGACAAGGUUGAAAUUACAAAUGUAUUUUAUCCUAUUAAUAACUGAUUAACUAUGAGUAUGAGUUAAAUAUAUUCAUUCUUCCAAUUGCGUCUCCAGAAUUUCACAUUUUCUUUUCUAUAACCUCAUGUCUGAAGAUUAAUUUUAAUUUACUACUACAUUUUUUGCAAAAUUUGAAAAUACAGUUAUUUAAUGUACAGUGCACAAAAUUUCUUGCAAAAUCUUACAAGUUGAAAAGUAUUUUUUAUGAAUCUGAAUUUGGAAGAAAUUACUUUAAAAGCUUUUAAAGCAAACCACCUCACCUAAUAAAAAAAUUAUGGUAAUUAAUCAUUAGUGUAGGUCAUGCAGGUAAAAAGUGCUUGAAUUUUAGACCCUUGAAGCACAGUUAGAUGUAGUUAUAAGUUAAGAGAAUAUCUAGUUUUUUCGUACUCGUAUUCUCUGUCUGUGUUAAAUCUUUUUUUUUUUUUAUGGAACACUUCACGAAUUUGCAUGUCAUCCUUGCUUGUGCAGGUACUGUGCUAAUCUUUUCUGUAUCAUUCCAAUUUUAGUAUAUGUGUCACUGAAGCAAGCAUUCUGUAUUAAAUCUUGAAACACCAUUCACAUCACAAUAGAGACAAUGAAAAUAUGUAAUUAAACAUUCACAAAAUAUUUAAUUAUACUUUAUCCAUAACCUUGACCAAAAUACAGUUUAAAUCAUUGUUAUAUUCAGUGUCACUUAAUAUUUAGUAGUAGACUUCUUUGAUUGCUUUGCAGCCAUAUUCAGUACUUCUCCAGUAAUUUCUGUUCAAUUAAACCUCAGAGAGCUUUGAUCUUACUUUAAAGGUACAGAUAUUAUAUAUUUUAGGUGGUUUCUAGCUUCUUGAUUUUGAUUCUGACCAACUUAGAAAUUUGUGGCUUAGAACUUUCUAAUUCUCUAAUUCUGAAAUUUAUGCUUAUACUUUAUAAUUUUAUUCAUUAGUAACUUUUUUUUUUUUUUUUUACUUUUGCUAGAGGAUAUAAACUCAGUGCAGUGAGAAUUGCCUCUUGUUUACCUUAAAAUUUCUUUCCUGAUUUUUAUUAGUUUUUUUCUGAUUAUUUUUAUUCGAUUAUAUUGGUCAAAAAUAAAAUAAAAUUGGCCCAACACUAGAAUAAACAGUAAGAACUUUAGGAGACUAAUGGACAUAUUAAAAUUCCAUUUCAGAAAUUUCUGUUCUAUCCUAAUUUUUAUUAAUUAUAUGAAGAACAUUAAACUCUUGUUAUUUAGAACUGAGUACUAUUUUCUAUAUAAUUUUUUUCAAGUAUAUUUUUAAGAGUAUGAAAUUUUUUUGUCUGCCAAGGGAGAUGAUUUUAAAUUAAAUAAGCUGGUUGAUGUUUAUUUCUCACCAAAUUUUACAGUAGCAAAUAAAUAUUUAAAUGUACUACAUGGAAAAUGAGUUGGUAAGAAAUCUCCAAUUCCAGAGUCCAGAGAUUAUUAAAAAAAAGUAAGUAGGUGAAAUAUUUAUGCAUUACGUAACAUGUUGUGACACUGUAUUUAAAUGCAUUUUUACAUUACUUGCAUUUAUUAUUCUCAUGUUGGUUUGUUGUGCAAUUGUUCAGUUUUUAAGAAAUUUUCCUAGACCUAUGCAUCAUUUAUUUUAUUUUUAUUUAUGUUCACAGGUAUUUGACAGUGUUAUAGAAUAAAAAAUGAUUUUAAGUUUAAAAUAGAACUGUAAAAAUUGCUUAUAUAUUAUUCUGAAAUUUAUUAGCUUGAAAAAGUAAGAUUAUCGUGGCUAUUGUGUCUCUUUUCCACUGUAUAUAUUUUUUAUUGCCAGUAAUGUUUCUUCAUUUUUCAAUCUGUUCAAUAAAGACAUGAAGCACAAAAAUGCUAAUUUGUAUUCACUGAUGUCUUAUCUUGUAGCUAGCCAUAUGUAGAAA